AAAGUUCACUACAAAGUUCAAGCCUAUAUUGCAAUCGCUAAAUAAGAGAUACGACGAAGAUUGUCUAUUGAAAUGCUUCUAAACUGAUGCAGUCUUUAAAUUCGACACAGAAAUCUGCAUUGAAGACAUUGCUGUGUAUCCAUCACAGUUUGUUUCUCUGCAUUUAGUUAUCCGAGAAAUCUGGUUAGUUUAACUGAGUAGUUGUACUGAUAAAGUUUACAUGUCGACAUCACUCGCAACAGCCCUUCAAGAAUGGAAGGUUCAGGAGAAAGAAUUACAGCAGCUUCAGGAGACCCAUCGGCUUUACCUGCAGAAGUUGGAGGAAGUCUCCAAACUUCAAAAAAGCUUUGCUGCCUCAAUAUCUCGACAGAAAAAGAAUUUAAAGGACAAUUUAAAGGCUUUGUCAAAAUUUGAUAAAGGACUGACUGAAGAGGAGAAGAAUGAGGUGAAGAAGGUCAAAGGUCACAUUCAAAAUAUGCCAAGCCUAAUCUUUCAAAUGGAAGAAUUUAUUCCAAAGAAAAAUGGGCUUUAUCUCAGUCUUGUCCUUGGGAGUGUGAAUGUCAACCUUCCAAGCAAAGAGGCAAAAGCUGAAUACAAAGAUGAGUAUGAAAGGUUCAAGCUGUAUGUGACCGUGAUUCUGUUCCUGAUGACCUUCAUAUGUCGCUUCUUCAUCAGCUACAGAGUUUUCGAUGCCCUUCUUAACUUCCUGUUGGUUUGGUACUAUUGCACCCUGACAAUCCGUGAAAGUAUCCUCAUCAGCAAUGGAUCCAGGAUUAAAGGCUGGUGGGUUUUCCACCACUACAUUUCCACCUUUCUGUCUGGGGUCAUGCUAACCUGGCCAGAUGGUGAAACAUACCAGUCUUUCAGGAACCAAUUUCUGAUCUAUUGUUUGUAUCAAAGCUUUGUGCAGUGUCUUCAGUACUACUAUCAAAGUGGGUGUCUCUACAGGCUAAAAGCACUAGGGGAACGACACAACUUGGAUUUGACUGUUGAGGGAUUUCAGUCGUGGAUGUGGCGGGGACUGACAUUUCUUCUUCCCUUUCUCUUCCUGGGUCAAUUCUGGCAGCUUUGGAACAGUAUUUCCCUGUUCAGAAUGGUUCUGCUCCCUGAAUGUAAAGAAUGGCAGGUUUCCAUGUGUGGCUUCUGCUUUCUGGUUCUGUUUGCGGGAAAUUUUUUCACAACACUUGCAGUUGUUCGUCACAAACAUCAAACCCAGCAAAAUACCAAGAGGCUGUGAUUUUUAAAAGCUUUCGUGUAAAUUUUUUUUUUUGCAAAAUAAGCUGAAAAAUAAGACGUAAUUUAAGUCAAUAAUGGACCUUACACAAAAAUCUUUGCGUCAAACUCAGUUCCUGGAGGGCCACAACCCAUGCAGAGUUAGUUUCAACCCUAAUUAAACACACCUGAUUAGCUAUUCAAGUCCUUGAGUCUCAUUUGAAAACUGCCAAGUGUGUGUCUGUUGAAGCAGGGUUGGAGCUAAACUCUGUAGGGGCUGUGGCCCUCCAGGAACUGGGUUUGACACCCCUGUAAGUGAAUCAAAAAUGUCUUAAUUUUUUUUUAUUAUCUUCCAGAGAACGUGCAAACUGCAUUUUGUUUUGAAUGGAUGUUGGAUGUUAUACAAUCUAUAAUAAAGUUGUUUGUCUGAAAUUACCAGACUUGAAUAAAC